CGCCGCCUCUGCCGGAGGAGCCGCGGGGCCGCCACACUCGCCCCCCGCCCCCCCCGCGCUCACUCGCACUCACACCCGGGCGCAGGAGGCGGGCGGCCCGGGCCCCACCGGCCCCCCAUGGACGCCCCCGGCACGGGGCGCUGAGACCCCCGCGUCGCUGCCCAGCCCGGUCCAGCGCGCCACGCCGAGGGACCUCCGGACAGCACAAGAUUCCGAAGCUACUCCCCCAGCCCAGGACCCCCCCCACAGACUCAGCUUGCCCCCCAGCCCUACCACCUGCCACUCCCUGGCCCCCUUCUCACCGCCCGCCCCCCCCCCUUGGGGUGCAGGGCAUGGUGUGAAAGGCCAAGUGCUGAGGCGGGCACCAUGGGUGCUGUGCCCUAGGGCCUGGGUGGCGGGGGGUGGGUGGCCUGUGGGUGUGCCGGGGGGGCCAGUGUGCCCACCCCAGUCUCUUGGCGUGCUGGAGGGCAUCCUGGAUGGAAUUGAAGUGAAUGGAACAGAAGCCAAGCAAGGUGGAGUGUGGGUCAGACCCAGAGGAGAACAGUGCCAGGUCACCAGAUGGAAAGCGAAAAAGAAAGAACGGCCAAUGUUCCCUGAAAACCAGCAUGUCAGGGUAUAUCCCUAGUUACCUGGACAAAGACGAGCAGUGUGUCGUGUGUGGGGACAAGGCAACCGGUUAUCACUACCGCUGCAUCACUUGUGAGGGCUGCAAGGGCUUCUUUCGCCGCACAAUCCAGAAGAAUCUCCAUCCCACCUACUCAUGCAAGUAUGACAGCUGCUGUGUCAUUGACAAGAUCACCCGCAAUCAGUGCCAGCUGUGCCGCUUCAAGAAGUGCAUCGCUGUGGGCAUGGCCAUGGACUUGGUUCUAGAUGAUUCGAAGCGGGUGGCCAAGCGCAAGCUGAUUGAGCAGAACCGGGAGCGGCGCAGGAAGGAGGAGAUGAUCCGAUCACUGCAGCAGCGACCGGAGCCCACUCCGGAAGAGUGGGACCUGAUCCACGUUGCCACGGAGGCCCAUCGCAGCACAAACGCCCAGGGCAGCCACUGGAAGCAGAGGAGGAAAUUCCUGCCGGAUGACAUUGGCCAGUCACCCAUCGUCUCCAUGCCGGACGGAGACAAGGUGGACCUAGAGGCCUUCAGUGAGUUUACCAAGAUCAUCACCCCGGCCAUCACCCGCGUGGUGGACUUUGCCAAAAAACUGCCCAUGUUCUCCGAGCUGCCUUGCGAAGACCAGAUCAUCCUCCUGAAGGGGUGCUGCAUGGAGAUCAUGUCCCUGCGGGCGGCUGUCCGCUAUGACCCCGAGAGCGACACACUGACGCUGAGCGGGGAGAUGGCCGUCAAGCGGGAGCAGCUCAAGAAUGGCGGCCUGGGCGUCGUCUCCGACGCCAUCUUUGAACUGGGCAAGUCACUCUCUGCCUUUAACCUGGAUGACACGGAAGUGGCUCUGCUGCAGGCUGUGCUGCUAAUGUCAACAGACCGCUCGGGCCUGCUGUGCGUGGACAAGAUCGAGAAGAGUCAGGAGGCGUACCUGCUGGCGUUCGAGCACUACGUCAACCACCGCAAACACAACAUUCCGCACUUCUGGCCCAAGCUGCUGAUGAAGGUGACUGACCUCCGCAUGAUCGGGGCCUGCCACGCCAGCCGCUUCCUCCACAUGAAAGUCGAGUGCCCCACCGAACUCUUCCCCCCACUCUUCCUCGAGGUCUUUGAGGAUCAGGAAGUCUAAAGCCUCAGGCGGCCAGAGGGUGUGCGGAGCUGGUGGGGAGGAGCCUGGAGAGAAGGGGCGGAGCCGGGGGCUGAGGGAGACCCCCACCCCUCUUCUCUCCUUCCUCUGGUCCUCGAAUAGAUUCCGCUCCCACACACACCCCCGCACUGCCCCGUCCCUCCUCAGACCCUCCAGCCCUGGGACAGGGCAAACCAAUGAACUUGCUAUGACAAGGACAGUGUGGGAGGCGGGGGGACCGUGUCCUGCAGUGCCCGGGACCCCCGUCCUCUAAGAAGGUAGGAGAAGGGAGGGAGAGCUCAGAGGGGACGAGCCAUCUUGACCGUAGGGGAUGGAGGACCGUGGCGGGGGAGAUGCCCUCAACGCACCCCCUACACACACACACAUACACACACACGAGAGAGAGCCCCCCGCCCAGUUUCUUGGCCGAGGUUCCCCUCCAGGCUAAGGGCCUCUCGGCUUCCCUAGAUGCCUGGGUGCAAGGAAGGGCUUGGCUUGGCUCCUCCCCUGGAGGUUAAAAAUUACAGUCAUUCUAACUGCACUUUGGAAACCAGGCAAGGGGAGAAGAUAAAUGAAGAAAUACUAGACAGAGAAAAAAGAGAGAGCAAGCGACUGAUAGAGAGAGAGAUGAUAUUAAGUUAUUAACUGAGGCUGGCCAGAGGGGACGACCCCCCCUCCCACCCCAAGCACUUUGAGAACUGCCCCUCCUCCCCCCAAAUCAGAGAGAACUGCCCCCGCUCCAACACCAGGUCCCCAAGGGCAGGGCUGCCGAUCAGAGCUGUGAGUUACUCCAACAGGGUCCUGGCCACCCCCACCCCCCUGCCUUGCCCCUCCCUCUGUGCCCCUUUGGCACCCCCCCCACCCCAGUACUCCCUCUGCUCUCUGCCACUCGUGCCCGCUGAGUUCCAUCUACCUCUCACGCUGGAUGCCAGCUGGCCCCUCACCAGCCUGCCCUGCUGCCCGCACAGCUCCCCUUUCAAGUGCCCAGCCCCAGGGGCCUCUCCCUGUGCCCCCCCCCAACCCCUUUCCGCACCUUGGCACCCACACAGGAAAAAGUGUGGCUCAGGCUCCCGCCCUCCUCACAUCCUGCAGUAUUAGCUACAAUCCAGAUGCUGCUGCACUGGGGGGCCAGGGAGGGUGUGCGCGAGCUUCUCCCAGAGCCUCCACCCCCUUAGGCCCCUGUUUCCAUCUGUCUGCCGGGCUCUCUCUAACCCCUGCCCUCCUCUUCUCCCGCGCCCACUCCAUGCACUAACCCAGACUCUGGGCGGGCAGGCACCGGAAUGGGGUGCUCAGAUAAAUGGCACUUAGUCGAAGCCCCAGGGGAGGGGGCGGUUGGUGCUCCUCCUUUUUUCCUUUGAAGCUCUUUAGGCCAGCCGCCCCUGUGCCCCUGGGACCCCUCUCCCCUCCUCUCUUCUCUAAUUCAGGGACUUUGGCUUGAGCCACCUCCCACCCUCCUGGUGAGGAGUGCUCUGUUGGUCUGCACUUGGGUGAGCUGCCCUCCUCCUCCUCCUCCCUUUGGCUGUCGCCCCCGCUCCGCAGGGGA